AUGGCCGAGGAGGACGCUGCCGCUGCGGAGCAGAGCCAGGAGCAGCAGCAGGAGGGCAGCGACGGACUGCCGGCCUCCUUCAAGAUGGACGAGUACGACGAGGAGGACGACGACGCCGCGAUCAAAAACUACGUUGGCGGCGGCGGUGGCGCCAUGGAGGAGGAAGAGGAGGAGGGCGAUGAGCAGGAGGACGGCAUGCCUGAUGAGGAGGGCAACGUGGCCAUGGAGGACGACGAGGACGACCAGGACGACGAGCUGGAGAUGGACAAGGACGACGUGGAGAUCCGCCCCACGGACAGCGUCAUCCUCGUGGCCAACACGGAGGAGGACUUCAGCAACCUCGAGGUGCAGGUCUACGACGACGAGAACGGCGCGCUGUACGUGCACCACGAGAUCAACCUGCCGGCCUUCCCGCUGACCAUGGCCUGGAUGGACUGCGCGCCGGUGCCGCUGGACCCGAGCACUGGACCCGUGGACGGCAGCUUUGUUGCGGUAGGAACGUUCAAGCCGGGCAUUGAGAUCUGGGACCUCAAUGUGCUGGACGUGCUCGAGCCGUCGGCUACGCUUGGUGGCGAGCAGGACGAGGACCUGCGCGAUGUGGCUAUGCCCAAGAUCUCCAAGCGGCGGAAGAACCGCAAGACGGCGCUCAAGCCUGGCAGCCACCAGGACGCCGUCAUGUCGCUUGACUGGAACAGCAGCCACCGCAACAUGCUGGCUAGUGGCUCCGCCGACUCGACUGUCAAGGUGUGGGAUAUUACCACGCAGAAGUGCCUGUACACCAUGGCGCACCACAGCAACAAGGUGCAGAGCGUGCGUUGGAACCCCGCCGAGACGACGGUGCUCGCGAGUGCGUCGUUUGACCGGACGAUUGUGGUGCUGGAUGGCCGUCAGCCCGACGCCUUCUCUAAGUUCCAGUUGAGUGCUGAGGUGGAGAGCAUCGCGUGGGCGCCGCACAACCCGAGCACCAUCGUGGCGUCUUCGGAGGACGGUGUUGUUGUGGGCUUCGACGUGCGAAUGAACGGCUCGGCCCCGCUGUUCCGUUUCGACGCCCACGCUGGCGCCGUGUCGGCCAUUUCGUUCUCUGCUCAGGUGCCUGGUCUGCUGGCGACGGCUGGCGUUGACAAGACUGUCAAGCUCUGGGACCUCAAAGAUAACUCGCCUGUGUGCGUCACCUCCAAGGAGAUGAACGUGGUACGUAGUUGCUGGAGCAUCGGCGAAUUGUUCUCGCUGGCCUUUUACCAGGACUCGCCGUUCAUGCUCGGUGUCGGCGGCUCCAAGGGUGUGCUGGCGCUGUGGGACACCUCCGAGAACGAGGGUGUGGAGCGCCGAUUUGGCUCUCGCAUGCAGGGAGCGGCUACCGCUGCGUCCAGCGAUAUCUCGGCGUCUUUCCGGUCGCCGUACCAGCUCGGCGAAGAGCUGGCGGCUGAGGAGGAGCGUGAAAAGCAGCAGCAGGGCAAGAAGAAGUCGGGCAAGGGCAAGAAGGGCAAGAAGCACUAGAUAGGCAGCUACUACAUAUAAUAAAGAUCUUGUUUGCAAAGUGCGU